AUGUUUGCCCAGUGCUUGUUUAUUUUGCUUUCAGCCCUUGCUGCAUACAUCCUCACGGUUAUAGCGGCCAUAUGCAGUCUCGUGGAAAUACAAGUAAGCACCAAGAGAAAGCUGCUUGCGGAAAAGAAGUCGCUUGAACUAUCUGACCGAAUAGCUCUUUCGGUGCUCAUCCACACGGCCAUUUUUAUCCUGUUUGUUGUUUCGCUUAAGCACCACGCCCUUUAUGUGCCCGUGGAUAUGCAGGGGCUGGCUGUCUCCUACAUGUGGAUUGCCUGCAAUUCGCAUGUGCUUGGCGGGGUGAACAACCCCUUCGCACACGCCGUGAACAGCGUGCUUGAGAAUGCAGUUGUUUAUGCUCUGUUUUAUGCACAAUCUGCAGGACUUCUCGAAAAGGUGCUUUCAAGCGGGGCCGUUCUAGGAUGGAUCCGCUUCAAUAGAAGCAAGCUUGGGCUGCUUGGCAAGAAUGGAGGGACUGUGCCUGAUGCGGCCAUAGGCACUUUCGUGUUUUUGUGCAAGCGCUUGCUUAUAGAGUAUCUUGUGGGAAGCAGCGACCGGUGUCUUCUGAAGUCUCUGUAUAUGAUCGAAGGGCGGAAAAACAUAGGCAAUCAGGAGCAAUUCUAUCUCUCUGUUGUUUUGCUGCAGACCCUACAUCUCCAAGAGGCAGCAAAUUGCCUUGCCUCGCUGCUUGGAAGAUCUAUUAAACCCGCAGGUAUUAGGCCAGGCCCAACGUCAAUAAAUGCCUGA